CAACAUAUUUCGAUCAAGUAUUCCGUUGUUGCUGGGUGUACUUCUUAUAAAGCUAUCCCGUUUUCAGAAAGCUAUCAUUUUGGAAAUGACUGCGUGACAAAAUGUCUGUUCACUACUUAGUUUUGCUGGUAUAUGGAGCAGUAUUGUGUUUUCUGCAGUCGGACGCAGCUAAAAAAUACGGAUACGUAUUUGCACCUCGAUUUAUCAGCCCUGGAACAAAUUACGUAGUAACUGUAGACCUGUAUAACUUUUUGGAGAUUAAAAGUGGAAUGUAUGACGUGCAAACAGAACUAAAGAUAUAUUCGUACGCUACAAGAACAUAUACUGAUGUCGUGGCAGAAACAGAGAGCUUUUCUGACUAUAAUCCGAGAGGCGACAUUAUUUUACAGGUAAGAACAUUUGUUUGA